AUGGAAAAUGACGAAGGAUUUCGUUUGGGACAUUUAAGGCUUUAUAAAGCAGAAUUAUUGAGAUCAGUUGACAGUGUUGCGAAGUUGCAACAAUUCCAUCAAUUUUUCGAUGAUACGAGAUAUUUUACUCGACUUUUGGAUUUGUAUAAGGAUGAUUCCAGUAAAAAAAUGGCACUGAAUAAUUUCUGGCGACGGAUCUGCUUUAAUCGUGAGGCCAUGGAUCAUAUACUAUCUAUGGCUGUUAAAGAGAACAAAGCUUUGCUUGAUUCGAUUCAUGAAAGUAUAUCAGCGAAAUCAUUGGAAUAUUACCGUAAAAUCUUCCACGAAGAUAUGAAAGGAAUGGAUAAAAUUAUAAUGACAGUCGAACCGCUGCCAAUUUGUGCAGGGUUAAAAGAUGCAGGCUAUGAAUCUAUUAAGAAUGUUGUGCGAAAAAUGAUGAAAACCAAAAAGUAUGAAGAAGCGGCGUGUUAUCUGAUGAGAAGCUUACCUAAAAUGAAAAAUUUGGAGAGUGGACCAUCUGGCUGGUAUUUUGAUUUCUUAAAUGCUUGCCGAAUUGAUAGCGCUAACCGUUCAAUACCUGAAUUUAUUGAUCCUGAUUACAAGGCUCACUUGGAUGCCUACAAUGCACGGUGUCGAAUCUUGAAGAUAUCUCAAAAUAAGUUAGGACUACAAAACGGAUUGCCCAAUAUUGUGGAAGAGCUACAAGAACCAGAAAAGCCGGAAAGUCGCACUCAAGAACACUACAAGAAAUACCGGAUGAAGGCAUUUAGUGAUGAAAAACUGGAACGCUUGGAGGACGCAGAAUCGAUUGAAUUGCGACCAUAUCAGCAGGAGCUAGUCGAAGCAGCAUGUCGGGGAGUGAACACAAUCAUCUGUGCUCCAACUGGUUCGGGGAAAACUGUUGUAGCUGCACACGUGAUCCUAGAACAUUUUCGAGCUAUGAAAGCUACAAAUAAACCGUCAAGGGUUGCAAUGCUUGUGCCAACAAUUCCACUCGUCGAACAACAGUGUAUAAUGUUGAAUCGUUAUCUGCGAAAAACAUUCUGGGUGGACGGCAUGAGUGGAGGUGAACCAGUCGAUGAGAAUGGACGUGCUCCAAAUGUUUUAGCAAGUCAUGUAACCGUCUUCACACCACAGAUUUUCAUAAAUUUGUUGAAAAGUGUACGUCGAGAUGAUCGUUUGUACUUCACCGAUUUCUCGAUGUUCAUAUUUGAUGAAUGCCAUCAUUGCGACGGAGACCAUCCAUAUCACGUUCUGAUGCGAAUGUUGCACAGAUUUGAUGGCCCAAAGCCACAAAUUGUUGGUCUAACUGCUUCCCUGCCACUUGGUGCUGGACGUGCAAAUGUUGAAGCAGCACUUGAUCAUAUGAUGGAUUUAUGUGCCAACCUUUCUGCUUAUUCCAUUAGUGCAGUUCGAAAACAUAUGGAAAAUCUUCGCUAUUAUGUGAAACCGCCUGUCGAUGACAUAAAACGCGUUUAUCAACUUGACUUGGACGGUUUCUCUCAGUCAUUAAUAAUCUGUAUGAGAAAAAUUGAAUUGGCUUUAAAGUCGGAACUUGAAAAAAUAAUCGAAAAUAAAACUAUCGAUUUUAGAGUGGAGGAAACUGCAUUUCCGGCGCAACGUAACUCGACGCGUUACGAGAGCGUUAUUGGGAGUUUGAAAAAUCGUUUAACCGAGUUACAUAGUGAUAAAUUAAAACAUCAGUUAAUCAAAAUGCUGGAACAUCUCGGGUACUAUUACCGCGCUUUCUGCUUGAGUGCCAUGCUGCCGAAUUGGUAUGCUUGCAAAUAUUUGCGUGAAAAUAUGAUAACAACUUUUUCCGAUGCAGGUGAUAGUACAACGCUUCAAAAUCAGUUGGGGAAGCUUUUCGGAAAAUUUGUGGAACCGUAUGAAUUAAGUUUUAAAGAAAAUGAUGCGGGUGAAGAUAAAGAAAUCUUGAAAAUGUUGCACACUGUUUUGCGUGAACAGUACGUUUCGGAACCAACAUCCAGAACGAUAAUCUUCGUGACGACACGUAUAUUGGCCCAGUACCUGUCACAUCAUUUGAACACUGUCAAAAUUGUCGACGGAACAAGUCGUGCAGUAGGAUUCGUUACCAGUUCAAAUCGGUCAUCUGCUUUGAGUGGUCAGACGGCUGAAGAGCAACGAACUGUGAUUGAAAGUUUUAAUCAGGGCACUUUGAAGGUUUUAGUGGCAACGUCAGUUGCUGAAGAAGGUUUGGACAUUUCUGCGUGUAAUUUGGUCAUAAAAUACAACAACACAGGUUCCGAGAGGUCACUGAUUCAGAGAAGGGGCCGAGCUCGGGCGAAGCAUAGCAGAUCAAUCCUGCUGGCAUUAGAUGGUUCUAUAGAAGAAAAGGAAUUAGAAAACAUUCAGAAAGAACAUUUAAUGAGACGCUGCUUGGAACAUAUGCAAACAAAGUCGGAAAACCAAAUGAGGCAGUUGGUGGAAGCAAAAAUUAAUCAAAUGAAAGCCCUUCAAGAGGCAGAUUUGGUGCGAGAGAAUGAGAGAAAACGUUCUCUAGAAGGAAAAUGUUAUGAUUUGAAAUGUCGUCUCUGUGGUGCAUUUAUAUGUAAGAGUAGUAGUAUGCGCAUUGCGUGCGAUAGUCAGUAUGUUUGCUGCGAUCCAACAAUUUGGGAACGGAUUGAUGCACGAGUUCACAGUGCAAAGUCACUGGCAAUUGCAACGCUAGUAGGCAAACCUCACUGUAAAGGGAACAACGAAUUAGAAUGUAACGAAGCGCUGGGUACGAUUGUCAAAUUAUACGGUGCUUUCCUGCCAACGAUAGCAGCAAAAGCGAUAAUAAUUGGUGAUAAGGAUGAAUUAUCUGGUCGACCACAGUAUGAAAAAAAAUGGGACUCUAUAACGUCGGAUAAAUUUUGCGUUGAGCCAAUCACUGAGUACGAUCUUAAAGUGAUGUUGAACUCGUUAUACAACUACUCACGAGAUCAGCAUCUUCAGUUUGAAGCCGAAGCAGGACUCGCUAUCAAGCGUGCUCUUAAUGAAAUGAAAAAAGAAAAGCGAUCUUUCGUAAUCGAAGAAUAA